GCACCGCCACUGUACAUCCCUGGCUUGCUUGCGGUGGAAGACAUCCAGGAGGGUGAGGAGCUUUUGCGCAUUCCAGCACAUCUGCAUAUUACGCCUCCUGCAGUUGAAGCCGUUGCUCCGGCGCUUGCAGCUGUUGCGAAACAGUCAGCCAUGCCGGAUCAUCGACGCUCUGAAGCGCUGCACUCCUUCUUCCUUGCCCGGCUUUUGGCCGACUCCCAGGAAAGAGCCUUGGACAAGGCAGCGGAG